CUCUUCGCAGUCCGGGGCCCCGCGGGGUCAAUGGUGGCUGCGGUGCGGUAUGGUGCGCUUCUCGCUGUAGCGGCCCUGCUCUGUUGAGGGGCCCGGCCGAGGGGAAGGCUGUUCCACAAUGGAUGGAGGAGAUGGCACUGCUGACCUUGUAAUUAACAAAAGAUUUGUGUCUGAAUCGGAGCUAGAUGAGCGGCGGAAGAGAAGACAGGAAGAAUGGGAGAAGGUUCGAAAACCUGAGGACCCAGAAGAAUGCCCAGAGGAGGUGUAUGAUCCACGAUCACUAUAUGAAAGACUCCAGGAACAGAAAGACAAGAAACAGCAAGAGUUUGAGGAGCAGUUUAAAUUCAAAAAUAUGGUAAGAGGCUUAGAUGAAGAUGAGACAAAGUUCCUUGAUGAGGUGUCUCGGCAACAAGCGCUAAUAGAAAAGCAACGAAGAGAAGAUGAUCUGAAAGAACUAAAUGAAUACAGAAGCACUCUCGCCAAAGUGGGCAUCAGCACAGACCCAAAGAAGGAAUCAGAGAAGAAACUCACUGUAAAGUCAGUAGAAAACAAGAACAAGUUCUCUCAGGCAAAGCUGUUGGCAGGAGCUGUGAAACACAGAAGUUCAGAAGGCGGUAACAGUGUGAAGAGACUGAAACUAGACACCGACAAUGACAAGAAUCAAGAAAAGCCAGCUUGUGUUCCACUCGGGAGCAGCUCCAUGAGUGGCUCUGCAGUCCACUGCCCCUCUGCAGCUGUGUGCAUUGGUAUCCUCCCAGGCCUUGGCGCCUACUCGGGAAGCAGCGAUUCUGAGUCCAGUUCAGAUAGCGAAGGCACUAUUAACUCCACCGGAAAGAUUGUCUCCUCGGUUUUUCGUAGCAACAAUUUCUUUGAUGGGCCAUAACAUAAAAUCCCUCCAUGUCAAUGUAGCUUGGAAAGAUAGCCUAUGCCCUAGAGGGCGAAAGAUGCAUCCUUUCUCCCCUAGGAUACCCUUCCUAGCUAACCUCUCAAGAUUAACCUGGGUACCCUCACGUAAUACCAAAAUCAUCAACUGAUGUGCUCUUUCCCCAAAGCUUCUUCCAUUUCUGAGGUGCAUACGAACCUGUUUGAUAGGUUUCUACUCUAAAACAUUGAAGGAAAAUACUGCUAUUGUAACCAAUAUGCGGGGUGGGGGGAAUGCAGGAGAAAGCCUUCUCUUUUAAAGUUCUUAUGGAAAGAAAGAUUUUCCUGGUGAUUGAAGAUGGGUUUUGUUUUGUCAUGACCAGAGGCUAAAGCAUUCACUUGCAGCACCAAAGGCUUGUAAAAAUGGCCAUGUGUUCUGUUUUUAAAAUGUCACUUUUUAUUCUGUAUUUGAGAAGUGGCGGCAGAAUAAAAUCAAGCAGAUGGUGGAAAUGUAGAUUGCCAUGACACUGUAGAGAAGUUUGUGUGACAUGAUUAAAGAAAUUCUGAAUGCAUUUUUAUCUUGGCUUUCACCAUUCAUAAUUCAUUGGUGAGGCUGUUCCAUUAAGCAAUUUCUACUGUGCCCAGCCCCUUGCCAUCAAUGACAUCAAAAAGCAGCACGUGCCAGCACCCUAUGAAGUAAGAAGAGGCAGCAACACAAGACCCUCGCUCUGAAUGGAGCUCUUCCCAGAGCGUAGAUGUCUGAAAAAUCAAGUCUUGCUGUUUAGUGCAAACCGCUGGUCUUCCUACCUGACCAAAGCAAAACUAUUCAGCCCAACCUCAAUUGUUAAAGACACCUGUGGGUGAUGGAUCUAAUAUUCACCCCCUCUGCUCAAGGCUGAGAGUAUAUCCUCUCUAGAUAUACACUAAUCUGGGAUCUUGGUAAAUGUGGUGACCAGCAGCUUUCCUCCAAGAGAAGGAUAUCUUAAAGUAGCUACUCCACGUCCGGGAGAGGCAGUAGCUAUCGCAACAGAAGCCCUCCCAUUGACACAGCACUAUUUGCACUGGGAGUUAGGUCAGCAUAUCUGCUUGGCUCAUGGAUGUAGAUUUUCCACACCUCUAAGCAAUGUAGUUGUCUAAACAUCAGAUGGGAUUGUAUGGGAGCAAGGCUUGGUCUAUAUUGAGAUUAACAUUUUGCCUGUAAAAGAAUGUGAUGUCUUAUGGAGAACGCCAGAGGAUCCUACAAAGAAAUAGAUCUGAUGAAGGCCGAAGGAAACCAGGCAUUUCUUGUUAAGGCACAAACUGUAACUGUGCAAUGACAUCUCCUAAACAUUUUAUUUGUACAAGACGAGUAUUCCCCGAAAUGGGCAGUUCCUCAGCUGCCGCUCGACCCCCACCAUCUCCUGCAGCACUGCAGGCUUUUGCCUAGGGAACCAGAUAGGUCCCUUGACUCCAUUCACAUUUCAUGGGUGUGGAUCUUGGGUUACAUGGAUCCAACAUCCCACACGUUUUCCUCAGGCGUUGUCCUUGGCUAACAUGCUUCUGUUGCAUCAACUCACGCACUUGCAUGCCACAAGCUCUAAGUGGACUUCCCUGCAUAGCACGUAGCUUUUGUUUAUGUUCCCUGCCGUUACUGGUUCCUAAGUGCACAGCUACUAAGUGACAGAAGCCUGUACCUCUUUGUAAAGCAGCAUGAAUUGUGCAAGUGAUCCAUCUAUUUCUGCACAGUUAGUCAGAACUGUGCACAGCACUUUCAGUCCGCCUUAAAGGUGGCGGUAUUGGGCCUAACUUCAAAUAUGUUGGGCUUGCUUUUUGAAUGGUGAUGCUUCACCCACAGCUGCAAGUUGACAAAAUAGUCAGAUCCCUUCAUUAUGCGAAACACUUGAUAAAGCUCUGAAGGGGAUAAGCUUCAGAAGAACCUGUGUAAAUACUUUCCUAGAGGGGAAGGUUCGGUACUCCUGAGGGGAAAGCUAUCUGUUUACCUUAGAAUACACUGCUCUGAAGCACACGAAGUGCACCCAGUGAUUUGCUGGAGGAAUAGGUGGGAAAUAGAACAUGCAGAAAAUCAGCUGGCUAAUCUGACACUGAGUUGGUAGCUCUUCAGGGCGGAGGCAGAAAGAACUGAAAUAGACAUGCAUUGCCUUGGGGUCAGUGCAUCUGUAGGGCAAGUUUGACAGCAUGGUAGCAGUAACUAAGUUGCUUCAUUUAUUUUUAAAUGCCAGUUUCUCAUUACAGAGCAUGUGACUAAUCUAGCAAAAGACUCUGCAAUAGUAAAAUUAAAAAUAAAAUGAACAUGGACAAAUAA